AUGUUGCUCACUAUCAAGCAGCCCGGACAUCAAGGCUACAGGUCCUUUCAUGAGUAUAGUCCUCCAACGCCACCUUCCACCUCUCGUUUUUCGCCGAACAUUACAUCGUCGAAGUUAGCACAACCUGUUACUGCUGUGGGCCAUUCGUUUCCUCCCCUCCAGAACUCUCAGUCUUCCGUACAACCAAUGUCGACACCACAUAGAGGCUUGCCACCACCGGCAGCAAUGACGUUGCCUCAACCUUCACAUCAAUCUGCCAGUAUAGGACAGUCCACAUUAAACCAAGCAUCUCUAAAUCAGCCUAUGGGACCAUUACCAGCCCCACCACAGCAAUGGCAAGGCGCAGAAGAAUCAAUGAAGAAUUGGCUUCAUGCUAAAGCAGAAGAAGACAAGAGGAAGCAGGAAGAAGAAAAAACACGGCAAGAAGCAUUACGCCUAGAACAACGGAAGAUCGAGCAGGGCAUGCUGCGAGACUCGCUGAGUGGAGGGAUACCUCCAUACAUGAUUCCGAUGGUAUUUGCAGGUAUGGGAGGGGGCAAUCUACCAAAUGCUAGUCUCGAAUGGGCUCAGCAUUACAUGGCUCAGAGCCACCAGUUGCAACAUCAGCACCAACAGCAUCCUCAGCUUCUAGCCUCACAGCACACGUCGCCAGAGCAAGCUCAACGACAGGAAGGACGUCCUCACGCUCACUCGAUUGGGAGCCAGUCGCAUCCGGCUCCAACAACUCUUCCGUCCACACCGAUUGGCCCUCCUGGACAACAACAAUCAGGUGGAUUUCUUCCAAGUUAUCAAUUAUCACCAGCAUCUCGAUCAAGGCAAAAUGCUCAAGUACAAGCUACAAUUGUGCGGCCACCACCAACAACUCAUCUUCCUCGGCUGAAUACGGGAGAAAUGCAUAUACAACCACCACCGCCAGGUCCUAGCAUGCAAAUUGUACCAGGUCAACCAGGCCAUCCUCUACAACACUCGCAAUUAGCGCAACAGCAGGAGACACAAGCUUCGCCCUCUAUAUAUUUUCAUCACUGGCAGCCACCCACCUCGCAAGCAGGAACAAGUAGUGGUAAUCAGCCAACUACCCCUUCAGGCAAGCACCCCACCUCAUCGCCAAAGAAACGCAAAGCUACAGGGCCCCCUCCAACAUCUCAGCCUCCAUACACCUCCCCCCCUUUUUCUCAGACUGGUCCGUCUGUCUCCAACACUCCCUCGGGCAGACGUCGUGGUCACUCAAGGCAGAGGAGUGACCUGUCCAGUAGAGGUUACGAACCCUACGGUCGUCCUGGAAGUCGGCAUCAACACGGCGAAAGUAGUUUUGGAACCCACAGUAUGAGUUCACCACGACAGUUCGAGCAGGCUCAGGCACAAACAGCAUCUACGCAACCGCGACGUCGUUCAGGAGGGGCAAACCCAGUAUCAUCCAUUCUAGAGCAAAGCGACUCGCGGCCACAAUCUCAAUUCCACCAGCAAUCCCAAUCACAUCAACAACAUGACCCUCAUUAUGCGGCUGCGCCGGAGAUGGGAGAGAAACACACGACACCCGAAGACGAAAAUUUACGAAGACCGAAAGCACUCAAGCGAGAUGAUGUACGAGAUUAG